AUGGAGGAAACGAAGUCAGAAGAAGAGAAGGAUGCGGAGUUCAAAGCGAAGGAGGAGGAAUACAAACUUAAAAAAAUCAAUGACAAGAGACUGAGAUACAGUGGGGUAAGUCUUCUUGUUUAAAAUUCGUGUUAUUUUGGCACAAAAGGCGUUAUUAUCGAAUUACUCACUAAAUUUACAUUUUAUUAAACUACCAUAAUAUACAAGCAUAUUAACGUUUUUUGUAAAUUAGAAGCAUGUAAGCUACGUUGGUUUCAGGUCCCAAACAUUCCAUCAGACAUUGGUUUUAAUUCAUCAAAGACUAUAUCAGGCAAAGGACAACAAGGUGGGACGAUGUCCCAAGUUAUAUCAAACCCAUUUGUCAUUCUUGGAAUGGCUCUAACUACGUAUGCUUUGAUGGGAAUGAUCAAGCGAUCUUUCACAGGUGAUCGACUAGGAACACAAAAGUAUAUGCAGUACCGUAUCAUGGCCCAGUUCUUUACCGUAACCGCUAUGGUUGGUGGUGUCGCGUACUAUGGAGCCACAUACGAACAGACUAACAAAAAAAUUUAG